UCUCUUUUCUCCCUCAUCAACAUAAUCGUGCUAGGGUUUUCUAAAAGACAGCGGCGCCGCACUCUCUCCAUUCUCUUCCAACUUUUCUCAGAAGAAGAAGAAAAUGGGUCACUCCAACAUCUGGAAUUCUCACCCUAAGAGCUACGGUCCCGGAUCUCGUGCUUGCCGAGUUUGCGGCAACCCUCACGCAAUUAUUCGCAAGUAUGGUUUGAUGUGCUGCAGGCAGUGCUUCCGUAGCAACGCCAAGGAAAUUGGAUUCAUCAAGUAUCGUUAAAGUGCAGUAUGAUGUAUUCGCUGCUGAAGCUGUUUUUGAAGAUCUAGACUUGUUAAGCUAUUCAUGAAUAUUUUUAAAAUUUUGAUCUUUUAAAUUGUAGACUGCUGAACCGAUGUUUGAUCUUAAAUUUUACUGUCGGAUGGAGUAGGCUUAUAUUCAGAGGAUUUGGUUUAAUUGUGUUGCCAAAUACUAUUAUGUCUCUAGUAUUCUGUUCAGUGUUGUGCAAGUUCAUGGUUUUCGUUA